AUGGAAAUGCUACUGUUUUGUGUCUGGGCCCUGCUGGCUUUGAACCCUGGCCCAGGAGCAACUGAAGAGAUAUUUGAGGUUUCCAUUUGGCCAGAUCAGGCCCUGGUAAAGCUUGGACAGUCCCUAAUGAUCAACUGCAGCACUACCUGUCCAGACCCAGGACCCGGUGGAAUUGAGACUUACUUAAAGAAAACCCAGGUGGACAAAGGACCUCAGUGGAAGGAGUUUCUUCUGGAGGAUGUCACAGAGAAUUCUGUUCUGCAGUGCUUCUUCUCUUGUGCAGGGAUCCAAAAGGACACAAGCCUUGACAUCACUGUGUAUCAGCCACCCGAGCAGGUGAUCCUGGAGCUGCAGCCUGCAUGGGUAGCCAUGGAUGAAGCCUUCACAGUGAAGUGCCAUGUGCCCAGUGUAGCACCCCUGGAGAACCUUACCCUUACCCUUCUCCAGGGUAACCAGGAACUACACAGAAAGGACUUUAUGAACUUGGCUGUGGCCUCCCAAAGAGCUGAGAUCACCAUCAAUGUCAAAGCCCAAAGGGAAGACGAUAGGUGCAAUUUCUCCUGCCGUGCAGAACUGGACUUGAGUUCACAUGGUGGAGGGCUCCUUCACAGUAGCUCAGCCAUCAAGGUACUCCGGAUCUUUGAAUUCUCUGAGAGUCCCCAAAUCUGGGUCUCCUCACUUUUGGAGAUUGGGAUGGCAGAGGCUGUGAGCUGCGAGUUGGCUAGAGUGUUCCCCGCCAGAGAGGUAAUGUUCCACAUGUUCCUGGGAGACCAAGAGCUGAGCCUGUUUGUCUCCUGGAAGGGAGACACAGCAUGGGCCAAUGCCACAGUUCGGGCCAUGGAGACUGGUGAUCAGGAGCUGUCUUGCCUUGUAUCUCUGGGUCCAAUGGAACAGAAAACAAGAGAGCCAGUGCAUGUCUAUAGCUUCCCUCCACCAAUCCUAGAGAUAGAAGAAUUAUACCCAUUGGCAGGGACAGACAUUAAUGUGACCUGUUUGGGGCAUGUGUUAACAUCACCCAGCCCUACUCUUCGGCUUAAGGGAGCCCCGGAUCUCCCUGCCCCUGGGGAACCUGCCUGGCUUUUACUUACCACCAGGGAGGAAGAUAACGGCCGAAAUUUCUCCUGUGAGGCCUCUUUGGAGGUUCAGGGUCAGCGGUUGAGCAAAACCACUGCGGUCCAGCUCCAUGUCUUAUACAAGCCCCGGUUAGAGGAAUCUGACUGCCCUGGCAACCAGACGUGGGUGAAAGGGACAGAGCAGCUGCUUGCCUGCGUCCCAAAGGGAAACCCAACUCCAACCUUGGUGUGUACCUGGAAUGGAGUGAUAUUCAACUUUGAAGUGCCACGGAAAGCAACCCAGAACCACACAGGAACCUACUGCUGCACAGCCUCUAACCAACUGGGCUCUGUUAGCAAAGACAUUGCUGUCAUCGUUCGAGGACUGGAUGAAGGAAUCAGCUCCACCAUCUUUGUCAUCAUUAUUGUCGCUCUUGGAGUGGGUGUAAUCACCAUAGCACUGUAUUUGAACUACCGGCCUUGCAAAAUAGAGAGGCGGAAAUUGCCCUAUAGGCAGAAAGAGAAGAACAAAGAGGAGGAAAGCCAGUUUGCUGUUCAGCAAGCAGAAAAAUGCAAUGCACAUAAUUGUUAA